AUGAGGACGCUACUGACCAUCCUGAUCGCAGGGUCCAUGGCCGCUCACAUGCCUGAGAACACCUCGGAUAUUCUUCAGCAUGUGAGAUUCCAGUCCAGAAACUUAGAGAACAUCCUGACAUGGGACAGUGGGCCACGGGCUGCCCCAGACACCGUCUACAGUGUCGAGUAUAAGACGUAUGGAGAGAAAGACUGGCUGGCAAAGAAGGACUGCCAGCAGAUCACCCACAAAUUCUGCAACUUGACCAUGGAAACCACCAACUCUGGGGAGGUCUACUAUGCCAGGGUGACCGCCACCAGCGCUGGAGGCCAGUCCGCCACCCAGAUGUCGGAACGGUUCUGCGUAAAGUAUCACGCGGCCAUCAAACCACCUGAUGUAACCUGUAUCCCCAAGAUGAGGUCCAUCCAGAUGAUUGUUCAUCGCUCCCCCACACCCAUCCAAGCAAUAGAUGGCCACCAGUUAACCCUGGAGGACAUCUUCCCAGAACUGUCCUACCGCUUAAGGCUGCAGAGCAAAGACACCACCCAAAUGGUAAAUCUUGAAGUGAAAGAGAGAGAACACGAGUUCACUAACCUGACCCCUGACACUGAGUUCCUUGGGACUACCAAGAUUUGGCUUCCCAGCUGGUUCAAAGAGAGCACCCCCUAUGAGUGCCGAGUGAAGACGCUGCCAGAUCAGAGGUGGGCCUACUCCUUCUCGGGCGCCCUCCUGUUACUCAUGGGCCUCCUGUUGGCAGGGUUCUGCUGCCUGAGCUACAGAUACUUCACCAGGCUACCUCCAGCUCCCAACUCGAUGAAAAUCCACCACAUGCUGCCCUUCCAGCCCCUGCAGCUUACCCAGGAGGACCACAUGUUCAUCCCCGUCUUUGAGCUCAGCAGCCCCAGCGGUGUGGCCCAGACUGUCCAAUAUUCGCAAGCUGUGGUCCAGGGGCCCAAGGAGCUCCCAGGAGCCCCACCGACGCACAGCCCGCCUGGGAUCACCCACCUCGGGCAGCUGGACAUCACCGAGCAGCCCUCCGAAGCGCCACCUCAUCAGACACUGCCCCCACUGUCCUAUGUCCCCCAGGUUGCUACUGAGAUCACAUCCCCACCUUAUGCACCUCAGGAAAGCGCGGAAGCUACACCCCGACUCUACACCCCACAGGGGGUCUCUGAGGCCCAGCCCCGCUCCUUUGCCCCUCAUGCUGAUCAGGACAGCUUGCCGUGUUCCUACGGGAUGUGGAUGUAUAUGGAAGGCGAUGGCAGAGACUCCCCCGCUGUGACGCCCUCCAGCCCCGAACACCGCAGGCCGAGAGGUCAGCUCCAGAAGGAGGCGCCAGGUGGGAACCGCAUGCCAGGUGCCUUUUUGCUGCAGGAGGCGACCUCCUUGGCUACAGAGGAGCCUCAAGGAACAAAAUGUCUCCAUCAGCAUCCGGGGAUUCAUAGGGACCCAAACGUGCUGCACAGAGGAGACCCAGGGACACCAGGGUACACGGCCCAGCUGCCCCUUCUCUCGUCUUUGCAGAUAGAAGGCCACCCUGUGUCCCUCCCAUGCAUCCCCAGAGACCAGGGCCUGAGUCCCUGGGGCCUUCUGGAGUCCCUCGUGUUUCCCAAGGAUGAGGGCCCACCGUCUGAGACUAAGGCCACCCCCCGAGCCACUGAGGCCUCACAGCUGGAGCAGCCUCCAGAACUGGACUCUUUCUUCAGAGACCUGGCCCUGACCGUGCAGUGGGAGCCCUGA